AUGGCACCUUCGGCCGAGGUCAUGACGUCGGUCGUCGAUGUGCGCAGCGUUGGGGAGCUGCAGAGUCAAUUGCGCGCUAUGUCCUACAUCGAGCCAGUUGGCGUGGAGAGCGCACGUUUAGUACGCCGCCUCCUCACGGAUUUGAUGACCGCAUCCGAUGCGCGAGAAGCUGCUGAAAAGAAAAUUGAGAAAGCAGAACGAGAUGCACUUGAGUUAUCACAGAUUUUAUUGCCAUUGCGUAAGGAAAACGCACAGUUGACGAAGGAAAAUAACAGCCUACAUUUGGAAAUUAUUCAUCAAGAAGAAGCGAUUACAGAGCGAGAAAAAGUCUGUGAACUGCAGUUAGAAGGAUUGCGAGAUGACAUCAAAAAGUUACAGUUUCUUUAUACUCAAAAGACCCAGGAAUGUACUCAGAAAGAAGAAGAAGUAGCAAGGCUGAAACAAGCACAAUUGGCGACUGGAGAUACGAUACUACCGAAUGAUUCAGCAUAUAGGAAUAUGCAUCAGCCUCAUGGAAACAUGUCCAUGGAAAGUCAAGAGGUGAAUGAUGAGCUGAAGCAAAAAUCCAUAGAAUUACAAGAACAAUUGCAAAAGUAUAUGCGAGAGAAUGAACAAUUGCGAGCUCAGUGUAAACAAAUGAAUGAGUCGUUGGCGAAGCGAGAGCAAGAGAUCGACAGACUAGCAAACCUUUCGAUUCAAGUGAUGAAUGAUCCCGACAGUUCUGCUAGAAAGGUACAACGUUUAGAAAUUCAAAAUCAGACGAGAUCGAAACAGGAAGCGACGGAAUUGCAAGUUGAACAAUUGAGUGCACAAGUAGAUCUAUUAAAUGAUCAAGUGAUUAAGUAUGAGAGACGACUUAAGGAAGCGAUGGAGCAGAUUCGUCGAAAUGAGACUAUCGAAGACAAGUUGCGACAAGCCGAGAUAGAUAAAGAACAUUUCGUUAAGGAGUUAAAUACGCUCCGGGCAAAAUUUCACGUGUUAGAGGAAGAGCACUCGCGGUGUGGAGACGAGAUGGAAAAAGAAGUAGGUUCUGGCACUACUGGUGCUGCGCACAAUGAAGAGAAGGGAGACGACAAGACUGAUACAGCAUCACUGGAAGAGCAGAUUCAGACACUGACGGCUCACAAAGACCGACUUGAGGAUGCACUUCGUGCGAUGCACUACGACAAGAUUUCGUACACGAAUGCGCUCUCGAACGCAAACUCGCAUAAUCGUGUGCUGACUAGUGACCUUGCUCGUGCGGAAGCCAAGCUAAAGGAAUUGAACGUAGAGAAAGCAAAGCUGGAGCAAUCACUGAACGACACAAGAUCGUCAUUAAAUGCACACACUCGCGAGCUUGACGUGUUGCGUGAGUCGCUGAAGCAGUGCGAAGAUAACCGUGCACUCGAGAGUGAGAAAAAUGCAUCUCUCCAUCGCGAAUUGCGCUCAAUGGAUCAAUUAUUAUCUCAGCGAGAUGAAGAAUGUCGGUCAUUAAAUCAUGCCUUACUUAUUCAAAGAGGAGAAUUGGAGCGUUUGACGAAUAAACUCGAUAGGUUUGAAGCUGCAGCAGUAGAGGAAGAUGGAAGUUUGAAUAGCAGGAAGACGUUGUUUGCGCAAGAAAUGAAAUGGCUUGAGGAAGAGCGACAUGGUCUUCGUCGUGAAAAGGAAGAGUUAAUGGUUCAAGUUUUGAAGCUCGAAGAAGAGCUGCUCAAAGUUAAAGGUUUAUUGGAAGAGGCAGCACACGACAAGGAUAAACUUACAGAGCAAUUAAGCGUUGCGACAACGAUGCAAAGUAAUCUUGAAACGAUGUUGGAGGCGAAAAAGCAUGAAUGUGCUGACCUUCAGCGACAACUUGUAGAUAGUAACGAAAAAAUCCGUGAAAUCACAGACAAACAGAGGCAAGCACAAGUGUUACUACGACGUGCUGAAGAGACGGAGAAUGAAAAAUUGAUGACUCAGAACGAAGCACUGACGUUGAGACGGCAUGUGGAGGAGUUGCGAGAUCAAAAUGCAAGCCUUAAGAAUCGAGUAGAAGAUAACGAGUUGUAUAUCAAGAGAAUAGUGGAUCAAAGCCAGAAAGUACAGUCCGAACUUGCUGUAACGAGCAAAAAUAGCGCUUUGCUUGAAAAAGAAAAGAGCGAACUCCAAUCAAAUUAUGACAGUGCGCUUGCGGAGCUUCGUACUGCUCGUCAAACCUCAGAUCAUUAUCAGAAUGAGCUUGAAAAGCUAUCAAAAGAGAUGCAAGCUCAACAGUACUCGCUUUCGUCCGAGCAAAAUGCGUUGCAGUCGAGUCAGAGUUCAGUGAGUGAGUUACGAUCUCAGGUUCAGCAACUUCAAAGUGAAUUAAAUUUGAAGCAAAAAAAUCUUCAUCAAUUGGAAACACGCUUUGAACAGGAAAAGGCAAGUCAUAAAAGUGUUCAAACGCAACUGAUUCUCCUCCAAGAUGAACGGUUACAGCUAAGAGAAUUAAAUAGUGCUCGUGAAGUAGCAUUAAAGCAAAUGCGUGCUGAAAUGCAGUCCAAGGAUCGUGCGUUGACGGAAAAAAUGGAGGCUGUUGAAAAUUUUAAGCUUUUGAUGGAGCAAAUGGAAUCGUCUCGUGAUCAAAUGGUCUUUCAGACAAAACAGCGGCAGCAACAGAUUCAGCGACAGCAACAAGAGAUGGUAGACUUGAAUACAAAAAUUGGCUCAUUGGAAAGUGAACUCUCGGCACGAAAUAAUGAAAUUUCGACGUUGAAAAAGUUAAUUCGAACAUUAGAUAGUGAAAAAGAUGCUGCGAAUGAUCAGCUUGACACGCUGACAGAAAAGUUUUAUGAUAUGGAAAAGCAGGACAACGAAUUGCGACAGUCAUUGCAGAGUAAAACGUCCGAAAUGACGGGAAUGCAAGAGCAAUUAAGCAAUGUGGUGAAUAAAUUAAAUGAAACCGAGGACAAACUGUUCAAAGUGCAAGAGCAAUGCUCUCAUCUUGAGAAUGAAGUCAAUCGAUUAGAACAUGUAAACGGAAUGCAGACUGCUGAGUUGUCAGCACUUGCACAAGACUUAGAGAACAUGACGAUCGAAAAUCAAGCGAUUAAUGAAGAGUGUACUCGAUUGCAACAUCUCGAGUAUUCGCUUUCACAGUCGACAAAGAAUAUGAAGCAAAGCACUCGAGAAAUCGAGCGGGAACGCGAUAUGUUACAAAUUGAACUCGAUGAUCUAAAGCAUACGUACCGUUCGCUAAUUCAAGAGCAUGAAGGCAUGCAAAAAGCACGAAUGGAGAUUUCUACUUUGCAGGAAGAACUUGCUGUUGUCAACGAAUCAUUACGAAAGCAAGUUGAUACACUCAAGACUCAGCUUCAGGCAAUUAAAGAAAAGAAUGUGAUGUUGACUACUGAAGCGAAUACAUAUCGUGAUCAAGUCAAUUUCCUCACCGAAAAGUUGCAAGCCAAUGAUGAAAAGCAGAACGAUCUACAGGAACGUAUGCAGCAACUCAAACAGGAACUGGACGCUCAAAAAGAGGUGGCGACAGAGAUAUCUGCCCAACGGUUUGGCGCUCAAGCUGAGAAUGCGGCUGUCUCGCAGCGAAUUGUUCACUUGGAAGCGAAAUUAAGCAAUUGCAAGUAUGAGGUGAAAGCACUACAAGGUAAACUUCACGCUGAGCAGACACAACGGCGAAGUCUUGAAGAAGUUGCAUCAAGUCUUCGUCAAAAAGUUGCUCACAAUGACAACGUUAUUUCACAUUUAGAAGAGCAACGGAAUGCUAUGGCACAAGAAAUACAGACAUAUUAUCAGCGUCAAGUCACUGGAUCAACCCCUGUGAUGGACAUGUCUGAAUUUAAUCAUACGCCAUCGCCAACUGAUCAAACUUCGACACAAGCUGAACUUUGCGUUCCGAGACAGCGUCGGUCUUCAUCGCGCUCUGUAUCUGAAUCACCACCAUCAAUAGCGACAGAAAGCACCCCAGAGUCUGGUCGUAAAGCUUCCAGCUCGUCUUCAUACCACCCUUUACAGGCGCUGGAAGAAGCUCAAAUAAAGUGCCAAGAGCUCGAAGAUCGACUGGCGCAGCAAGACGAUACUAUAAAGCAACUCGAGCGAUCUCGAAGCAAAUUCAAACGAUUUGCUGCUAAAUAUGAGCGCGAGAUUGAGCAGCGCGACAAGCGGAUUGAAGAGCUACAAAGCAGCUCUCAUGCUUCGUCCUUUGUGUCACCUGACGCACGACCAUUUCAAUCUCGCCAUGCUCUUUCUUCUUCCUCAUCGUCAUCAUCCAGCCAGUCGAUUAGACGAUCAACUAGCAACAAUUUUGCUACCAUUCCUACCUCGUCAUGA